AAUAUCUCAAUGGAAAAAAAUAAAAUUCAAGAGCUCUGGCAAACCUAUAUUUGCCAUGAACGAAAACUCAAAAGAUCCAAAUAAGCAAAAGAAAAGAAACGAUACAUUAAAAAGGCUUAUCCUUUUGAAUUUGGACCUGAUGGAAAGACCUUACUGUAAAGAGGACCAUGGACAUAGUAGGAAAAAGAAAUUUAUUUAUAAAUUUGCUAAAAUCAUUAGAAAGAAUGUCUAUCAAACCAAACCAAAGAACUAUUUUAGGAAAUACUCCAAUUAAUACCAACCAGAAACCUUACUCAACUCAAAGGCUAUCAUAAUAAUCAUAAUCCUUUCCAAACCAUAAUAAUUAAGGAAAGCAAAAGAAUCAGAAGAACCAAAAAGGAAAUGAGUCAAGAUAAACUGAAAGAGUUUGCCCUAAAAAACAAAAUGAAAAGGCAAAUUAAAUAAUUAGAGAAACUUUCCAACCUUAAUAAUCAAAUCAUCACACUAGAAACAUAAAUUGUUUAAUUUAAAUUGGAUGAUGAGAAUCAAAUCGAAAUAAAAAUUUUUAUAAAUACCGAUUUAUUAUUGAAUCUCAACAAUACAGAAGAUUAGAGAUAAGAGAGGGAUGAAAUUAAAACAGAGAACUUAGAAAGUGUAGUCGAAGAAGGAAACGAAUAAAUUAAUUAAUAGAAGAUUUAAAAAGAUAAAAUUGUAGUUAAACUACGUAACCCACAAGAAAUAAAGGUUGAGAAUUUAGAAGACGAACCUUCAUUGAUUAAUAAGGCCAAGUAAAUUGUUUUUAAGGAAUUAAUUUGUUUUAUACAAUUAGAAGACAAAUAAAAUAAAAGGUUGUUAAUAGAACCAAAGUUAUUUUAACCAAAAGAAAAAUACCAAAGAAUCUUAAUUAAUUUCAAGCCACCUCACAAAGAUGAUAUGCUUCAAAUUGAGUAAAAAUAGUAGAAUUAGAAGGAUGAAUAAUAAAAAAAAGAUAAAUAAAUUUAAUAAUAGAUUAUCUAACCAAUCAAUACUUAAAAUGUAUAGGAACUUUAAUUGUCUCCAGAAAAACAACAGAAAACAUAGAUCCAAUCUAAUAGAAUUAAUAAUAGUGUUGAUCAACAAUUAAUUACACUGGAUAAUUUAGAAUAAACAAAUUAAAACCCUAAUUAAAUUCAAAUUACUGAUAUUAAUCAUAAUCAAUUUGAAUAACAGCAAAUUAAUCAAUCAAAUAGUUUGAUUAAGUCAAAAAAUAGAUCUUAGAGCUGGUAAGAAAGUCAAGUAAUUGAAAUACCUAAAGAUGUUUAAAAAGAAUAAGAGAAGCCUAAUAAAGAUGAGAUAAACUAAUAGUUUUAAUAAAAGUUAGAAGUUGAUGAUUAAGUAGAAAAUGAUAAUAAAAAAACUAAAUAAAAAUUAUAAUAGUUAAAACAAAUUCAAAAAUAGAAUAAAAUAGAAAUGGAAAGGUAAAGAGAAUUAGAAAUAGAAAAAGAAAUAUAAAUAGAGCUAGAAAAGGAGAGGCUAAAAUAGAUAGAGAGAGAUAAAUAACAAGAAAUUUAGAGAUAAAAAAAAUUGGAAUAGUAGAAAGAAAAAGAAAAGUUAAGAGAGAAGCUAAAAGAAAAGCGAUUACAGUUUUGUAAUGAACAUGAUAGAAAAGAAAGAAAUAGAACUAAAAAUAGAGAGCUUAGAUCACUAUAGGAAUUAAGUUAACAAUAAAAUAAAACCAAUAACAAAGAACCAUAGAAAUUAAGACACUAAAAUAAUUAAAGCCAAAAGUCCUAAGGACAAGUUCCUCAUAUUAAAAAGUAAUCUGGUGAACAAAUGGCAGAAUAUCAGAACUAAUAAUAAUUAGAUUUAAAUCUUCCCUCUUAUAUCCCUCAUCCAUAUUAAGUGCCAAUGCUUGAUCCAAUCUAGUAAUAAUAAUACUUUAUGAAAUAACUUUAAGGAAAUUAAUUCUUUGGCCUUAAGGAUUGCUAUUAGUAAGUACAAUUCCCUGAAGGGUAAUAUUAAAAUUAACAAGAGUUAAAAAAUUAAAGCAAAGAUUUAAAUAAUCUAGAUAAUAAUCCUUAAUUUUCUUAAAUGAUUCCAAUUCAAAUUUAAAAUUACCCUUAAUAGGACUAAGCUAUUUAAUAAUCCUAACAGCAUGUAGCAUUUUCGCCACAUCAUCCUUACAUUGGUAAUCAUUACUUUUAUCCGUAAUUUAUGCCUGUGAGAGCACUUCAACAAUAACCUUAAGAAGGUUAAUAGAAUUCAAAUAAAGAACAAUAUCAAGUUGAAAUGAUGUAUGUUUUUCAAGAAGUUCCAUAAAAUUUUGAUCCAAACUGCUUUUUUUAAUUCUCCCCACAGAGUUUUGUGUCCAUCCCUGGAGGCUCCAAGUUAGGGGAUGCUCUUAAAUGA